UAAACCACCUCGGUAGCUUGCUAGCCAACAUGCAACCGAAACAUUGAAGCUCUUUAGACCAUUUUCUGUGUAUAUUAAUCUCAUUGUUUGAAACACAAUUCUGUUGAGGUAUCUACUGGUUAACUUUAACGUAAUUUACUUGUUACAUUUGCAAACUUGAUACUGAGCCUAGCACUAGGCUAGUCGCUAAUGCUAGCUAGCUAGGUAACAUCCACGACCAUGAGCUCUCUAAAUUACUCGCCCCCAGCUAAAGAAGAGGAGAUAUGUUGGACGGAGAAAGAAUCUCUCGGACUGAACAUUGUCAUAAAAGAAGAAGAGGAAGAUAUCUCAGUGAAAGUAGAGGAAGAAGCUUUCAGAAUGAAAGAGGAGGAAGAGGAGGCUAUCAGCAUCACAUUGAAAGAAGAAGAGGAGGAUGUUACAGUGAAAGAAGAGAAAGAACAUUUUGGAGUGAAAGAGGAAGAAACGAUAAAGGAAGAAGUUGAAGCUAUGAGAAUGAAAGAGGAGCGUAUCACAUUGAAGGAAGAAGAGGAGGAUGUUAUAGUGAAAGAAGAGGAAGAACCUUUUGGAGUGAAAGAGGAAGAGGAGGCUAUCUCAAUAAAAGAGGAGGAGGAAGACGUUUUGGGAGUGAAAGAGGAGGAAGAGACUGAAGAUCAGAUUAACACCCGAGAGAGACCAGACUCUCACUCGGACAGCGGGAAGAGUACUUCAGGGCAACCAGACCCAAAGAUGGCCAAACCAGCGAGACCACACCACUGCUCCCAGUGUGGAAAGAGUUUUAUUAAUUUAAGGAACCUAAAAGUUCACGAAAGAGUACACACAGGAGAAAAGCCUUACUGCUGUUCUCAGUGUGGAAAGAGUUUUACUCAGUUAGGAAACCUGAAAAUGCAUGAG